UCACUCCUUCCUCUCUCCAUUACUCUGUUUCUUUCCCUCUAGAAACUUCGCUCCACAUCCUAUAUAAAUACAAUCUCCCCUCAAACUCCCACCAAAUCAACCAUCAUAAUCGCAAAACAUUCUCAAAAAACACACACUAUUCUCUUCUCUACGCACAUAAAAAAUCUCUCUUUUACAAACAACCAAAAUUCCACUCCCAAGAAAAAGAAAGAUGGAUUUCCGAUUCACAGGCCUUGACACACCUCUCUUCAACGCACUUUCCCACUUCCUCGACGCCGACGACUACACAACAACCCAUGCAUCAUCCGACAAAUCUUCCGCCGCAGCUCCAUCCAACACGUACGUUCGCGAUGCCCGCGCAAUGGCGCGCACCCCAGCUGAUGUGAAGGAGUACCCGAGUAAGUACCAGUUUAUAAUCGACAUGCCGGGGUUAAAGAGUGGAGACAUUAAAGUUCAGGUGGAAGAUGAGAAUGUGUUGGUUAUAAGUGGAGAGAGAAAGAGAGGAGAAGAGAAAGAAGAUGUUAAGUAUUUGAAGAUGGAGAGGAGAAUUGGUAAGUUUAUGAGGAAAUUUGUGAUGCCUGAAAAUGCUAAUAUGGAAGCUAUUAGUGCUGUUUGUCAAGAUGGUGUUUUAACUGUUAGUGUUGAAAAGUUGCCACCUCCUGAACCUAAGAAACCUAAGACUAUUGAGGUUAAGGUCGCUUAGAUUAAGGUUGUUGCUGCCUGCUGGUGGGUAGUUUGGGUGAUUUUGUGUGGUAUUAAGAGAAUGUAAUAUUGCUAAUCUCUGUUUUUUUUAUGCUUUGUUGAUUGAGCUGUUAGCUCACUCUUUUGGUACUGUUUUGUGGAGGUUUCCUGGGGUUUAUAUCGAGUAUGGACUAUUUUAUCUAUGAUGUAGUAUGAAAAUGAUGGUAUGAGUAAAAUGGCGUUGUUUUGGUUUUUCUUUUGAGGUGAAUAAAAUCUCUUGUUCAGUUUGUUUCAA